GUGGCUGUGGCCGGGGGAAGUGAAUGGUUUUACCCAGAGGGCCCUGCGCAGCCUUUCUCCGCUGCCACCGGCGCUGCUCGCUGCGCUUCCUCCCCGGCCAUGGCGUUCACGUUCUCGGCCUUCUGCUACAUGCUGGCGCUGCUGCUCACUGCCGCGCUUAUCUUUUUCGCCAUCUGGCACAUUAUAGCGUUUGAUGAACUGAAGACUGAUUACAAGAAUCCUAUAGACCAGUGUAAUACCCUGAAUCCUCUUGUACUUCCAGAGUACCUCAUCCAUGCCUUCUUCUGUGUCAUGUUUCUUUGUGCAGCAGAGUGGCUUACACUGGGUCUCAAUAUGCCCCUCUUGGCAUAUCAUAUUUGGAGGUAUAUGAGUAGACCAGUGAUGAGCGGACCAGGACUCUAUGACCCCACAACCAUCAUGAAUGCAGAUAUUCUAGCAUAUUGUCAGAAAGAAGGAUGGUGCAAAUUAGCUUUUUAUCUCCUAGCAUUUUUUUACUACCUAUACGGCAUGAUCUAUGUUUUGGUGAGCUCUUAGAACAACACACAGAAGAAUUGGUCCAGUUAAGUGCAUGCAGAAGCCACCAAAUGAAGGGAUUCUAUCCAGCGAGAUCCUGUUUCCAAGAGUAGCCUAUGGAAUCUGAUCAAUUACUUUAAAAAAUGACUCCUUAUUUUUUAAAUGUUUCCACAUUUUUUGCUUGUGGAAAGACUGUUUUCAUAUGUUAUACUCGGAUAAAGAAUUUAAAUGGAAUUACGUAUAAAUUAACAUAAAAUGAUUACCUCUGGUGUUGCCAGGUUUGAACUUGCACUCCUUAAGGAACAGCCAUAACCCUCUGAAUGAUUGCAUUAAUUACUGACUGUCCUUAGUCCAUUGGCAGCUUUUGUGUAUAGGAACUUGUAGGGCUCGUUGUGGUUUUAUUGAAAUGCCCAUCUAAUUAUAAAUUAGCUGUAGAUAUCAGGUGGUUUUGACGAACUGAAAACGUUUGUCUGACCAGUGGGAAACUUUAUGGGUUUCCUUGUCUAUCAUGUAGAUGAUUAUAUAUGGAUACCUUUACAAAAUAAGAAGAAUGGGAUUUUUUUCUCCUUUGACUUGAAUAUUAUCCCUGUAUAUUGCAUGAAUGAGAGAUUUCCCAUAUUUCCAUCAGAGUAAUAUACUUGCUUUAAUUCUUAAGCAUAAGUGAACAUGAUAUAAAAAUAUAUACUAAUUGUGAAGGAUGCAUUUAAAGCUAUUUUAAAUGUGUUUUUAUUUGUAAGACUACUUAUUAAGAAAUCGGUUAUUAUACUGUUCUAAUCUGGUGGCAAAAGUAUUCUUAAGAAUUUGCAAGUACCUUAGAUUUUCAGAACUGAAUGAGAGAGAACAUUGUAUAACCACCCUGCUGUUCCUUUAGUGCAGUACAAUAAAACUCUGAAAUUAAGACUUAUUUUCAGUGCAUUGUUUUAAAGAUUACAAAUAGCUAUUUCUUAACUUGCUUAAUUUGUAAUAAAGACAUAUUACUGUCAAUUUUUUAAAAAAAUAGUAGAGUAUUACAUUGUGGUUUUUCUUAAAAAUACCAUGCCUGGAUUUAAAAAGGAAGAUUUUUAAAUGGCCACGCAUGUUACUUCUGCUGUCAUUUGAGAGAGAUAUUUUAUUGACAAGAUUCAUAAGUGUUGAUGUCACAGCACCAUCAUUUCUCUUACCAGUUUAAAAAAUCGUGGCACUUAAGUGUUUUAAAUACCUUGUUUUCCUUUCUGAAACAGCAGGUUUAAGGUAAAAUCACUUACAACCUUGUUUGAGUUUUUGCUGCUUCUUGAAAGGCAGGGAAAUUAUGGCAUGCAUGUUUUCAUAAGUAUCCUUGUGCUUCUAUUUGGCAUGAGGUAGUUUAAGGCAAUUGAAAAUAGUGUAAGUGGUUCAGAAAUUUCUUGAACGAUAUAUAGAAACUUCACAUAAUGAUCAAGGGAGUUUAUGGAAGUUUUACUGUAAGAACUCUUUGAGUUAGAUGCUGUUUUAUUCUCUAGUAGUGAAAAAUGCUUUGAAAUAAUGCUUCGUCACCUUUGAGAGAGUAGCUCUUACUGUUGUGGAUGGGGCGUAGGGGUGCGUGUGUUGAAGAAGAGGAUGUAGAACCAGAAGAAUGAGGAGAGAGAAACCAUUUCAUAGCAAGGAAUGCUUUAAAGAGUGUUGUGUUUUAUAUUUAUAGUCUGGAGAACACCUAGAAGGAUCUGUUCCCUAGUCCGUGCAGUAAAUUAUUUAUUGAGUACUUGCUUCGUGACAGCGUUGUGCUAGCUAGGCACUAGAGAUUCAUGCGCUGAGUAUGAGCAGUCAUUCAGUUUCUAAUCUACCUAAUUAUAUUAGCAACACUCCUCAUUUUUCUUGUUCACAGGUACUUCUGAUCAUGAGAGAGCUGGCCAAGUCUUCCAUAAUUCAGAUAUGUAGGUUUCCUGGGGCUGCUGCUUUAGUAUUCCGGUCAAAGUGUUUUCAGGAAUGCUUGCUCUCUCAGCAAACAUUGCUUCCUUUUAAAAGUUUUAACAGAACCAACCCCGUUGCCGUCGAAUUGAUUCCGACUCAUAGUGACCGGAUAGGACAGAGUGGAUCUGCCCCAUGGAGUUUCCAAGGAGCGCCUGGGGGAUUUGACCUGCCGACCUUUUGGUUAGCAGCUGUAGCUCUUAACAUCCUUUUAAUUACCUAUUCUAGAAUAUUCCCUAGGAUUAAUGUAAAGUUUACUGGUCACAAUUUGUGGAAGCCAUCUUAAAAUCAAGCUUCAAAAAUUAGAUAUGUAGUCCUCAGUUGGUUCCUCAAAGAUGAAGGACAGUGAGGUUCACCUGUCUCAGUGGUAGGUGUUAGUUCCUAGGCACGUAACUGAUUAGAAGAUUGAGUACCUGGGUACUCUUGUAAUAUCGAUCCACUUUUGCCUUUUCCAGUGUUUUGUGAAUUAGAUUACUUAACAAAGAGAAAGCAGAAGCAAAAUACUUUGGUUAGACAGUAUCCCACUGGCUCUUUUCCUUGCUCUGCAUUUACUUUGUUGCUCCAUUAAUCUGUUUUGGAUGGCAUAGCUUAACUUCUGUUAUUUCUGCAGGUUCAUCUGAGGCAUAAUUAGCUGAGAUCUUAAUCCCUUCCAGUUUAUAUCAGACUGUUUCCUGUGUAGCCACAGCUCUUUAUUUAGGUACUCUUUUCCUUGUUACAGUUACUUUUGAUAUUACAUGUUUUGACCCAUCUUUAAGAGCUUUCCAACAACCCUCAGAAACCAUUUCCCCCAUUUGUGCCCAUUCUCUUGCAUAUGGCGUAUCACACUGUGGUUUUAUCUACAUACCAACAACUCUUUGUUGCUGUGGGUACUACAGAGUAUCUUGAAUUAAACAAUUUAUAUAACUUUUUUUUUUUUUAAGCAGUUAU